CGCUACUCAGAUCGACAAACCCCACGCGCGUCCUCCACUCGAUCAAGCAACCCCACUCCACCUUACCGAUCGAUCGGGACCCCGGCGGCGCCAUGUCGAUGCUGGACGCCUUCUUCGGCAAGGGCGGGGGCGGCGGCGCCUUCCGCGGCGCCAAGUGCAAGACGCUGCUCAAGCUGUCCAUCCCGCGGAUAAAGCUGCUGCGGAACCGGAGGGAGCUGCAGCUGCGCCAGAUGCGCCGGGACAUCGCCAAGCUCCUCGAGGCCGGCCAGGAGGCCACCGCCAGAAUCAGGGUGGAGCACAUCAUCCGGGAGGAGAACAUGAUGGCGGCGCAGGAGAUCCUUGAGCUCUUCUGCGAGCUCGUCUCCGUCCGCCUGCCCAUCAUCGAGGCGCAAAAGGAGUGCCCUAUAGAUCUCAAGGAGGCGAUAUCCAGCAUCUGUUUUGCUGCUCCAAGAUGUUCAGAUUUGCCUGAACUGAUCCAAGUCCAGAUGAUGUUUGCCACAAAGUAUGGGAAAGAAUUUGUUGCUGCAGCUGCAGAGCUUAUGCCUGAUUGUGGGGUCAACCGGCAGAUAAUUGAACUGCUUUCUAUCCGUCCUCCUCCGGUUGAAGUGAAGAUGAAACUCCUGAAGGAGAUUGCUGAGGAGCACGAGAUCGAUUGGGAUCCUUCAGAAACAGAGACAGAAUAUCUUAAACCCCAUGAAGAUCUGUUGAAUGGACCUACCUACUUCAGUGGCUCAACGCUUCCUCUUCCAAAGGAGAAACAUGAGGAGACAGUAGCUACAAGUGCUGCGGUCCAAUCUAAUGAAGACGAUGAGUCUGAUGGCGGUUUUGAUGAGCUGGAUUUGCCUGAAGUUCCAAAAGCAGUAAUUCGCCCGGUUUCUGAUACUCCAUCAACCCCAGAUAUUGGUCCACAUGUGCAAAGCUCCCAGUCGGCUCCUCAUGAAUUCUCAAACCCGUCUGCUCAUGAAUUCUCAAACCCGUCUGCUCAUGAAUUCUCAAACCCGUCUGCUCAUGAAUUCUCAACCCCGUCUGCUCAUGAAUUCUCAAACCCGUCCGACUUGGAAGAGAAUCCAACAGCUGAUGCUACCUUCUAUAAUAACCUGAAAAGUUCACAGCCCCCUGUUUCAGCACCAUUUGCUCAGCCAAGUAUGCCAGCUCUCCCAAAUGAAAAGAAGCAAUUUGUUCCUUUUGCCUCUCCCCCACCAUUUGCUUCUGCUUCUUCAAUGGAGAGCAAUGACUCGAUUCCCUUAAAUUCUCCAACACCUGCAUUGAAGCCAACAGAGCCAGAAUUCUACACAAGGACAAUUGAUGAAGUGGUGACCCCUCCCCAAACACUUAACGAUUUUAACAUGUUCUCGAAGCAUUCAGAGCAGGUGCACUCGGCAUCUCCCAAAGAGAGCAGGCAAAAUAUUGAUUUGGAUGACGUGCUUUCAGCUGCCCAAACUGCUGCUGAUUCAGCAGAGCGAGCUGCAUCGGCAGCCCGUGCUGCAGCAAACCUUGCGCAACUGCGUAUUGCCGAUCUAAAGAAGAACAGUAGGGCUUAUGAGAACUACAACGAUGGUAGCGACAAGGAAAGUCAUCAUCAAACUGAGGUGACACAGAAACCAGCAUUUGAUCAUCAGGACUCCUUUUCCAAUGACAUGCAGGGUUAUGCACCUUCUCAUGUGCCUCAGAGAUCGCCAUCGUUGGAGGACGAUCCAUUCUCCUACCCCAACCUUUUCUCAUCGAAGCCUUGAGUGCUAGUUGUCUGCAUAUUAGCUCUCCCGCAUAGUUUGAUGUCUUGGGUGUGAUGUCUGUGAAGCCUUGUUUGGACCCUUAGUGUUUGGCUAUUUUCUCGGAAAUUUCUGUGUAUGCUGAGUUGAUGCGGAAAAAGGAGGCACCAGCAGUUUUACUAGGUUAAUGCCAUUUCUUGUUCACUGUCUGUAAAUUGUAAAUGCUUGGUUGUUGUAUGGAAUUUCGGAGAUCUCAGACCUCUACAGGAAAUAAAAUCUGAACACAAGUGAAUGUGUUUUAAGAUC